AUGCAUCCGCUCUACAUAUUGUUACUUGGGCUUCUCUUCUUGACCACAUCUUGCUGCUCCACAUCUGCAUCCGUAGGUGAUACUCUCGUGGCGGGCCGAGUGCUCACCGUCGGUGAUAAGCUCGUCUCAAGAAACGGCAAGUUCGCGCUCGGAUUCUUCCAGCCAGCGGCAAGCACUAUUAGUAAGUCGUCCCACAACAACUGGUACCUUGGCAUAUGGUUCAAUAAAAUUCCAGUUUUCACUACUGUGUGGGUUGCUAAUAGGGAGAAGCCCAUUGCCCACGCCAACAUUAACUCAACACAGCUCAAGAUCUCAAGAAACGACAAUCUUGUCAUUGUCGUAAAACAUGCUAUUGCCGGCACUGAAUCCCUUGUUUGGUCCACUCACAUGGUCAAUUGGACACAAAGUAGCAGCAUAAACACCACCACCACUAGUGUUGCUGUUCUCUUGAACACUGGAAAUCUUGCUGUCAAAGUCACAGAUAGCCCAUCAUCUGACCUACCGUUAUGGCAGAGCUUCGACUAUCCAUUAGAUGUCGGGCUUCCUGGCGCCAAGUUGGGCCGGAACAAGGUCACUGGUUUCAGUCGCCAGUUCAUAUCAAAAAAGAGCCGCAUUGAUCUGGGUCUUGGCUCAUACAGCAUGGAACUAGAAGACACCAGCGGGAUCGUCCUCAAGCGCCGCAACAACCCCUUGGUAAAGUAUCUGGUUUAUGCAACCUCGGGAUCAUCAUCUUUGAUACCAAUGCUCAAGACACUUCUAGAUUUAGAUCCUCGGACCAAAGGUUUGAUUAACCUAACAUAUGUCAAUAACAACCAGGAGGAGUACUACACGUACACUUUACUGGAUGAAUCAUCGUCUUCCAUAUUUGUCUCACUAGACAUCUCUGGUCAGGUUAAGCUGAAUAUUUGGUCACAAGCCAACCAGUCUUGGCAAAUCAUAUAUUCCGAGCCUGCUGAUCCCUGCAGCCCGCCUGCUACGUGCGGGCCUUUCACAGUUUGCAACGGCAUUGCGCAUCCAUCAUGUAUCUGUAUGGAGAGCUUCUCCCAUAAGUCACGACAUGAUUGGGAGUUUGAGGAUCGAACAGGAGGGUGCAUUAGAAACACACCUUUACAUUGCAGCACUAGUGGUAACAAGAAAAACAUGACAAGUUCAACAGACAUGUUCCACCCCAUUGCUCAUGUUGCAUUGCCCUACAACCCACAAAUUAUAGAAGUUGCUACCACUCAGAGCAAAUGUGAAGAAGCAUGUCUCGGUUCUUGCUCCUGCACUGCUUAUUCCUAUAACAACAACAAAUGCUCUGUCUGGCAUGGGGAACUGCUUAGUGUAAAUCUGAAUGAUGGCAUUGAAAAUAAUUCUGAAGAUGUUCUUUACCUUCGCCUUGCUGCCAAAGAUUCGCUACCCGGUUCCAGAAAAAAGAAAAGAAAACCAAAGGUCGGAGUUGUUACUAUUGUAAGUAUUAUUGGUUUUGGGUUAAUAAUGGUCAUGUUGUUGUUACUGAUUUGGAGGAACAAAUUCAAGUGUUGUGGUUUGCCUAUGUAUGACAAUCUAGGUAGUGCUGGUGGAAUUGUAGCCUUCAAAUACACCGACUUGGUUCGUGCUACUAAAAGCUUCUCAAAAAAGCUUGGAGGAGGUGGUUUUGGUUCUGUAUACAAAGGAGUCUUAAAUGACUCGACUAGUAUAGCAGUGAAAAGGCUUGAUGGUGCCUGUCAAGGAGAGAAGCAAUUCAGGGCCGAGGUGAGCUCAAUUGGACUGAUCCAACACAUAAACCUAGUCAAAUUGAUUGGUUUCUGCUGUGAAGGUGAUCACAGAUUACUUGUGUACGAACACAUGUUAAAUGGUUCUCUUGAUGGUCAUCUAUUUAAGACGAGCAAUGCAAAUGUUGUCGUCCUAAAUUGGAACAUCAGAUAUCAGAUAGCCCUAGGAGUUGCUAGAGGAUUGUCCUACUUGCAUCAGGGUUGUCGCAAGUGCAUCAUACACUGCGAUAUUAAGCCAGAGAACAUACUUUUGGAUGCAUCAUUUGUUCCUAAAGUUGCAGACUUUGGGUUGGCAACAUUUGUGGGAAGGGAUUUCAGCCGAAUUCUUACUUCAUUCAGAGGAACUGUGGGUUAUCUUGCCCCAGAGUGGCUUACUGGAGUGGCGAUCACACCGAAAGUCGACGUUUACGGCUUCGGCAUGGUGCUAUUUGAAAUCAUAUCAGGAAGGAGGAAUUCUUCACCUGAAACAUCAUACAACACUAGCAGCAACUACAGUGACCAGAAUAUUGAAUACUUCCCUGUGCAAGCCAUCAGCAAGCUUCACGGUGGAGAUUUGAAGAGUUUGGUAGAUCCGCAGUUACAUGGUGUUUUCAAUUUGGAAGAGGCUGAAAGGGUUUGCAAAGUUGCAUGUUGGUGCAUCCAAGAUAAUGAAUUCGAUCGGCCAAUAAUGGGUGAAGUUGUCCGGGUUCUUGAGGGUCAACAGGACAUUGAUGUUCCUCCAAUGCCAAGAUUGCUUGCAGCUAUAACAGAACAAUCUGGUGUCGCAACUUCAAUGUAA